AUGGCAGAACAGCCGGCACCGACAAAACCGGUGCACACAAUCGUGCUCGACGCCGGCCCCAUCUUGAAAAACGUUCCCCCGCUAUCGACAUUACUUGCCCAAGCCGAAGAUUUAGUGACUACUCCCGCAGUGGUAGGCGAAAUCCGUGAUCCUGUUGCCCGAUCUCGAUUUGAGACGCUAUACCUCCCAUUCUUGAAGCAAAGGUCACCAUCACCCAAAAGUGUGCAAGUGAUAAGCGAGUUUGCGCGCAAGACUGGAGAUCGCGCUGUGUUGAGUAAAGUCGAUAUUGAAGUUUUGGCGCUUGCGUAUGAAAUUGAGUGUGAGAAGAAUGGUGGUGAUUGGAGGUUGAGGAGUGUGCCUGGACAGAAAAGAGUGAAUGGGAAGCCUCCGGUUAAGGAGGGAGAGUCAGCGGCGGAAAAUACUACAGCCCAGGAAGGGGUUGACAAGGCUACUGAAGAAACAAAGGAAAAAGAAGAAAUAAAUGGUGAAACGUCUACAGCAGACGUCAGUAAAGUCGCUGAGGAGUUGGCCGAAACUACAAUCAAAGACGACACUACCGGAAGCAACGAGGGAACUGAAGCUGUACCUGAGACAACUACUCCCAUUGUCGGUACUACAGUAGAAGAUGGCACAGAAGACAUUUCUGUUGAAAUUGUUGAAGACGAAGAAGAAGGCGAAGAUUCCGAUGGCGGUGGUGAAUGGAUAACACCCUCGAAUAUCAAGAAGAAGCAAGCUCGUGAUGAAGAAGCUGGCUUAUCGGCAACACCAGAACCUAAAGUUAUGCAAGUCGCUACUAUGACAACUGAUUUUGCAUGUCAAAAUGUUCUUUUACAAAUGAACUUGAAUCUUUUAUCAACGACGACACUCCAAAGGAUCCGUCACCUUAGGACAUUCGUCAAGCGCUGCCAUGCAUGCUUCUCUAUCACAAAAGAAAUGAAUAAACAGUUCUGUCCUCGUUGCGGAAAAGACACUCUUACUCGAGUCUCCUGCUCGACCGACGCCAAUGGCCAAUUCAAACUCCACCUCAAGAAGAACAUGCAGUGGAACAACCGAGGAAAUGUAUUCAGCGUGCCGAAGCCAAUACAUGGAUCUGCAAAUGGCAAAUGGAAAGGCGGCGGUGGACAAGGCGGUUGGGGAACAGGUCUCAUUCUCGCUGAGGAUCAAAAGGAGUAUGUGCGUGCAGUGACAGAUGAAAAGCGUCAGCAACGGAGAGAGCGUGAUCUUAUGGAUGAGGAUUACCUUCCUGGAAUUUUGACUGGCGAGCGGCAUAGAUCGGGUGGCCGAGUCAAGGUUGGAGCCGGUCGUAACGUUAAUUCGAGAAGACGAUGAUCGUGCAUGGUCUUGCAUUAUGAUGGCGUUUGGGAGGAUCAUGAUCAUAUACACACUUUCUAAGCAUAUGUCGCUCUUCUCUUUUCUAUUUACGAUUUGACGAAUCCUACGGGUACAUAGAUACCGCACUGAUAAAGUACGGAGAAACAUAAGCAAUGUCAUACCGACAGUCUUCAAAAAGAUGAUUUCAGCUAUACACUUCCUCCAAGAUAUCAAAAACCACGAAUCCAGAAUUUAAACAACACCCCAAAGUAAAUAAAACACCGUUCGCCAUAUAUUUUGAAAAGGUAUCACAUCGUAGCCUUUUGACACACCAUUGAUUUUCCCAUUUCCGCAAUAUAGAAAGCUUCUUUACAUCUUAGCGGCCACUUUGUCUGGUUGUUGUGUGAGGAGGAGACUGUAACGCUU